CAGCCGGCGCCCGCAGCUCUGCCCGGCGCGGAGCCCCGGCUCGGGGCCGCGCCGCUGAGCCUGGGCGGGAGAUGCGCGGGGCGCAGGGAGGGCAGGAGCCAGCCCCGGCCGAGCGGAGCUGAGCCAGUUCCUGCCAGCGUCCCUGUGCGAGCAGCUAACGCAGUGCCGAGCCCCCGACGGGACUAGGGCCGAGCUCCUGCACUCCUGACAGGGAUGAAGGUAGAGCCAUGUUCCCUGCUACCUAAGCUGCCUGGUGCUGCUGUCGUUCGUGGAUAUGGUGGCAGCCCCGGCUCCGUGCACAGACUCUCAGCUCUGAUCCCACCCGGGAGGAUUUAGCGGCAGCAGAGAGCCCAGCUGCGGAGCACGCUCCCCCAGCCACCCCACGACGGAGGGGCUGCAGCGCUGGAGAGUUACUAUGCAGCUUGGACUGCUUGUGGUGGUGGUUUUUCUGAGCUCGAUGGAUCUAACAGGCAGCAGCAAAGUGGUGAAGGGCAAGAGGCAAAGACGAAUCAGCACCGAGCUGAGUCAGGGCUGUGCCAGAGGCUGUGACCUGUGCUCUGAGUUCAACGGGUGCCUGAGGUGCUCCCCCAAACUCUUCAUCCUCCUGGAGCGCAACGACAUCCGCCAGAUUGGGAUCUGCCUGCCCUCUUGUCCUCUGGGGUACUUCGGCCUUCGCAACACGGACAUGAACAAGUGCAUCAAAUGCAAAAUUGAGAACUGUGAGUCCUGUUUCAGUCGAAACUUUUGCACAAAAUGUAAGGAAGGUUUGUAUUUGCACAAAGGGAGAUGUUAUGUCACAUGCCCCGAAGGCUACGCUGCUGCCAACGGCACCAUGGAGUGCAGCAGUCCUGCACAAUGUGAAAUGAGCGAGUGGGGGCCGUGGGGGCCCUGCUCCAAGAAAAGGAAGCUCUGUGGCUUCAAGAAGGGCAAUGAAGACCGAACACGGCGGAUUCUGCAGGCUCCCUCUGGGGACGUGUCUCUGUGCCCUGCAACCACGGAGGUGCGGCGCUGCACGGUGCAGAAGAACCAGUGCCCCGAAGGGAAAAGGAAGAAAAAGGAGGAGCAAGGAAAGCAAGACAAUGGGAAUAGAAAUCGGAAAGACACCAAAGACACUAAGUCUGGCACCAAGAAGAGGAAGAACAGACAGAGAGGGGCCACGGUGCCCGCGACGCCCGCUAGCCCUGCCCAGUAGCCGGCCAGCGCGUCACCGGAUGGCAAGGCAACAUUGCUGCUAUGUAUAUGAAAGCUUUAUUGAACAGAGCACUGCUACACCAUGUACACGUGUCCAGAGACAGACAUAUACUCCAGACUGACCCACGGACUGACAGAGGCCGCACACACAUGCCGAAGGAGGCUGCACACACCCCCUGCCCAGGACUGUGGAGGAACGCUGCUGAGGAGGGGGAGCGCACACGGAGGCAAAGCCACAGUGUCCCCAGGGCUCUGUGGGGACACUGCAGGGAGCAGAGGUGGAGCAUAAGCCAGUGAAGGACCCAGACCCCCAUGGGAUUGAUUUCAUGAUCAAAGGCCUCAAAUGGAGCCCAAGCACAUAGCCCCAGCACAGCCCCACUCAGCCAGGGGAUGAGACUGAACCCACAUGGCCACUCUCCCUGACCUGGGGCCCAGACACAGAGCAGGGGCCUCUUUCUCUUCCCUCACCCCUUAUUUUGUGUUUUAAGGUGUAUGACUUUAUCAUUGCGAAUACUUGUUUGUGAUAAGAGGUCAGUGGCAUCUGCCCUGA